UUAUUUUUGUGGCCAUAAAAAUUACAUGAGAUUUUCGACAUGAUUGAAGUGCAUCCUCUUGGAUGUAAUAUUAAAAUUAUUAUUAUUAUUAUUUAACUUUAUUAAGGAGGCUUUCAGCCUUGGGCUGGUUCGCCUCCAAUCUUAAAAUUAUUAUUUUUUUUUGCUGUGUAGAUGGAUAGAUGUAAAGGUGGUCACGAAUUCACGGUCUGCUAGUGUUGCUGACUCCAGAUCGAUGUCAUCAAGAUAGUUGAACCAAGAUCAAGCAUAUUUCUGGAAUCCUUACACAAACCCAUCGCUCACUUACAACGAACCGGACCGACGAUUAUAGAAGCCGUUUCCUCAAGUCUUAUUUUACUACAUCUGACAAUGGAACGCCGCAACUUAAUUUAUAAUUUUCUGAUAAUCUUUACCUUGAUCGACAAAGGCACCACCUUUAGCAUAUUAAAUCUCGAGAACAGUACCAUUGUGACUGACCAACCCGUCAUCAACCAAACUAUGUACGUCACCUACCCAGACCUCUUUAUGCUCGACAUGAGCAACCAAGCGGAUUUCGAAUUCCCCAUAGACAAAGUUAUGCUGAUUCACGAUGGUCUAUCACGAUACCAUUGCAACAAAUGUGGAGUGCAUUGCAUCUACCGGGAGUCCUUAUCAGCACUGCCACAACUAACUCAUCUUAUGCUGGAAAACAACAGCCUCCAAUGCAUACAUCCGGAUGCGUUCGAGAACAAUAUUCGUUUGAAAGAACUUAAUCUUGCUGGUAAUCAACUUUCUACAUUCAAUCCGGAAGCAGCAAUUCGGCACAUUUCUAAUCUCUUGAUACUGAAUCUGAGUCUGAACGAUAAAUUCGACUUGAACAGGGUAGAUCUUCAUGGUACAAGGUUGAUUUCAUUCACUUGCAAUCAUUGCCACACUACAAUCCUCAAUCGAACAACAUUGACCAGCAUGCCGAAGCUUUCGCAGCUGGAUCUUUCGAACAAUGGAAUGGAGCAAAUCGAUGAUGAUGCGUUGCUACAGGCAAGGUAUAUCCAGAUUUUAUACGUAGAUGGAAAUCGGAACUUGCAACGGUUGAACCUCAAAUCGGAAUCGAUCAAGAAACUGAGUGCCAAAAAAUGUAAUUUGGGAGGAACACUGAAUACAUCUAAGCUGCCGAUGCUUGAAUUUAUCAAUGUAAGAAUGAAUAAGAUUAACUGGUUGGAUGAGCAUGGAUUUAUGCAGAAUACAGUCCUCAACGGUGUCCUGCUGGACGAUAACUUAAUCGAAAAGGUCCCUAAUUUUCUGUUGGAUCUUCCUUUGAAAGGGUUGGAGAAGCUGUGCUUGGAUAGGAAUCCAUUGCAACCGGACCUCCAAGUUGAUGCAGCCAAGGAUUUGUAUGCAGCGAAAAAACUCCGUAACAGUUGUUUGGAUGAUGCUAAUAAUUUGCAUAAGUUUGAAAACUAUUUACCGAACAUCAAUGGAAAAGCAGUUUACAAGAAGUCUCCUCUUCAUAACCUUCGUAGUGAUGGAUUGACGGUAGAUCUUUCGAAUAGAAACAUCGUCUACAUAGAACAAGAAUAUCUAGUUGAUAAUGAAAAUGUUAAGAAAGUAUUAUUUGAUCAUAACCAUUCAUUUGACUUCCAACAAAAUAGGGUAUUUCUUAAAAGCUCAUCGAUUGAAGGAUUAUCAUUGAAGAACUGCUCGAUUACGACAAUAUACGAGGCAACGUUCAAAGAACUACACAAUUUAAAAUACUUGCAUCUCCAAGGCAACAAAAUUCAAUUCAUUCGUUCCGAAUCCUUGUUCAAAAAUAAUCCAAACAUAUCAUUCAUAAGCCUGACUAACAACAAACUUGAUUUUAUUGCUGCACUUGCAUUCCAAAAGUUAGAGAAAUUGGAAAUCCUUCAGCUUGACUGGAAUGAACGUCUAUCCAACAAAGCCAACAAUCCGUUCCUACUGAGCAAAUCACUACGGAAGCUCAGUUGCAGACACUGUCGAUUUGAAUGGCUGGAUGCAAUGACCCUAGUAGGGUUGCCAAAUCUGCUAGAGCUGAACCUAGAGCACAAUAAGAUUGCGAUCCUGGAUGCCAAUAGCCUGCAGUGGACAACUCAACUGAAGUACUUAAAUCUACACGACAAUCAUCUGCUGGCCUUUGAACCAAACAUCAACGAGCUGAGCCGAUUGAAGAAACUAUGUCUGGGAGGAAGUCCAAUUUUUGACUUGGAGCAUCCGAAGAAUCAAGUUCUGAUUGAUAAUAUCCAGAAGAUGAUGCAGCUAGACAAGGAUUGUCCCGAUCAACAAUUCUCCAAGGAAUUGGAUGAACGAUACAACAUAAUAAGCAAAGACAAAAAUGAAACCAAGCAAGCAUUGGUGAAUUUUGUAACAUCAUCGGCCGCGUGUUAUAGGACAGAUAUGGCUAUUCCAGUAUUGCUUAGUUUUUUUUUUAUUUUUUAUUCUUAGUUCUAUUU